AUGUGUUUUUGGUAUCACAACCGCGGCCUACCUCACUUUGAAAUUUAUUUAACCACUCACUAUAGCACCGACAAAAGACAUGGUAUUGUGGUUGAAGAUAGUGCGCGAAAAGCCCACAUCGACUGCGUCAUUUUACAAAAUAAUGCAUUCAGUCAGUGGUUCUGGUAUUUAUUUGUUGUGACUAUUGUUGGUUUAUUAGUUACACUUCCAGAGUGUCUGAAGAGGCAGCAUAUCCUUUGUACAAAAAGUUUAACGUUCAAUCGGUUUUUGGUUUUAGCCACAAUGUUGUCCCAAAUCGUUCUUUUCGUGUGUAUUUUUUACUCAGCAAAUUCGGCCAAUUUAACAUGUUACCAGUGUGACCCAAAAUCCCCCGGAAGUUGUGAAUCACCAGAUAAAAACAAUAUCGCGACCACCAUUUGCACGGGAAAUGUUACAACCACCAACAAUACAGACGAAAUGCCAAUGACUAAAACGAUAAAAGAUAUGAGUCUCAAUUCCACAGAACCUCUUUUUUGUUUUUAUCUGUACUUUGACGCAGGAGUUACAGAGCACACUGGAUACUACAGAGGUUGUUCUACAAGCGAAGGAAGUGCACAAUUUUGCACAGCUUUGAGAAUGACAGUGGAAAAAAGAGAAAUUAACGGUAAAAUGAUUGAUUGCAAAACGUGUAGCAAUAACGCGUGCAAUGUUGCAAAUUUGGAUUUGGAAGGAAUAACUUCAACAAAAAUAACUCCACAAGGAAAAUCUUUUCUCGGUGAUACUACAAAUACCAAGGGUGGUGUAAUUGGAACUACAGUUUCGAGAUGUGUUAUGUUCCUCACCGUCAUCGUCACACUUUGUGCCGUAUAUUGCUGAAUUGUGUCGUGACUGUUACUUUUCCAAUAAGUUCUAAAACCAAAAUAAAAGAAUCAGGUGAUA